AUGAAGCUCCAAACCUCCCUCCUCUUAACAUCGUUGUCUCUUCCCGGUGCUCUCUCGGGCUUCCUGGGCCCGAUCUAUCCAGCUCCGAGAGAUCUCUCCAGCCGCAACAGUCACGUCGCAGCGAGCUGGAGGAACCUCUCAGCCAGUCUGGACAACGCCCUGCACCGGUCGAACACCACUCUAUCCAAACUACGAGACACGACCUUUUCAAUUGGUGUGUUCUCGACGCACGAUGCAGCUGCCCAGAACCUGCAAUACCAUUAUGCGUCUCCGGAAAUUCUGAACUCGAAGAACGGCACGCACAAAGUAGACGGCGACAGUAUCUACCGGGUGGCGAGUGUAUCCAAGCUGUUCACCGUGCUUGCAGCCCUAGUCGAGCUCGACGGCCAGGACUGGGAGCUGCCUCUGUCGGUAAUAUUCCCUGAGUUUGCACAGUACCUCCGCGAGCAUUCCAACACCCUUGACCCGGUGUACGACACUCAAUACGAUGCUAUCACCCCCAAGGCGCUUGCCUCCCACAUGGGUGGCAUCGCCCAGUAUGGUGCGCCCUGGAUCGGGGGGGAUUUGUUCAUUAGCAGCCAGGUUGGCAACACCUCGUUACCCGACCUUGGCCUUCCCCCUAUUGGUAAAAAUGACCGCUUUACCUGGCCUCCCUGUGCAACUCUCGAGGGUCUUGCUGGAGUUUGUGCGCCCGACGACUACGCUGAAGGCACCGCGGGCAGCCCCCCGAUCUUCCUGCUCUGGUCCGCCCCAGUGUACUCGAACCACGGUCUGACUCUGCUCGGAAUCGCCAUUGCCAAUCUCACUGGCAAGUCCCUCGACCAGGUCUACCAGGACAGCGUGUUCGACCCGCUCAAGCUGAAGUCGACGUACUCCGUUAUCCCCCCAAGGUCAGAGCUGCACCGGUCUGUCGUAGCUGGCGGUACUGUUGACGCCGGCUUCGGUACCGAAAACGGUCUAUCCAAGUCCUCUGGUGGUAUAUUCUCAACCCUUAACGACCUCGCCAAGUUCGGCACCGGAAUCCUCAACUCAACGCUGCUCUCGCCCACCGAGACCCGGCGCUGGAUAAAGCCUGUUUCUCACACGUCCAGCCUGCAUAUCUCCAUCGGCGCACCCUGGGAGAUCUACCGCUACGAACAUCCGGAAACCGGUCUUGUUACCGAUAUAUACACCAAACUCGGCGACUCAGGCAGUUACGGCGGCCUCACAGCCAUCCUCCCAGACUUCGACGCCGGAUUCAGCGUCAUCACGGCCAGUUCGGAGGCCACCCGAAGCGACAACACCCUCUUCCUAAUCCAGCAGAUCGUCGACGCCAUCCUGCCCGCAUUAACAAAGCAAGCCGGCGCCGAGCUCGAGCGCAAAUACGCAGGCACAUAUACCUCUACCACCCCGGGCCUCAACAGCUCCAUCACAUUCAAAGCCGUCGGACCCAAGGGCCCCGAAGCCCUACCGGGUCUUCAAAUCUCGUCCUGGGUCAGCAAUGGCACAGACCUCACCCCGCAUAUCAAGACCCUUUUCCGCUCGCCACCCUACCAGCAACCCUACAGUCUACGCCCGGCCAUCUCGCCUGCUGGGGACGCAGGCAAGAUCGUGUUCCGCCCGGCCACGGCGGUCGUGAAACCCAUCGAGCCGCGCGAUCCGUCGAACCUGUUCACUAGCUUUUACUACGCCGAUGACUUUGCGUUCUUGGGGCAGACUAGUUAUGCGCUGCAGUAUCUGUCUGAGUUUGUGUUUGAUGUGCAGAAGGAUGGACGUGUGAGCAGUGUAACUCCUGCGGCUUGGAGAGUCAAGUUGGAGAAGCAGUGA